GCAGUAGACGCGGCGGGACACUCCGUGUUUGGUACGUGGGAAAUAACGAACCUCUACAUCCGUUCGCUACUUGUAUUCUACAACUUUUCACCCUUACGCUUCUCAAAGGACUUCUUCUCUACCGUCAAAGAAUAUAACAAUCCUCGCCGAAGCAGCAAGAUGCCGAUCUCAGACUUCCGCAAGAACAAGCUUCUCUACGUCUUCAACGUUUUCUUUGAUGUCAAUCAGAGCGGCACCAUUGAGAAGAAGGAUUUCGAACUAGCUAUUCAGAAGAUUUGCCAAAACAGAGGCUGGGCUCCUGGCAGCCCGAAAAAUCAGCAGACUCACGACAGUCUCCUUAAGGUCUGGGAUGGUCUUCGGCAACGUGCCGACGCCAACCACGACGGUCAGGUGAGCCGCGACGAGUGGUGUUCGAUGUGGGAGGAGUACGCUAAGGAUCCAACGCACGCUUUGGAAUGGCAGCAGCGUUACAUGAACUUCAUCUUCGAUCUGGAGGACACUUCCGACGACGGGCGCAUUGACGAGGAGGAAUUCACCAGCGUUUGUACCACCUACGGAAUUCCAGUAAGCGACUGCAGAACCGCGUUCAACAAAUUGUCGGGACAGAAGAAAGAAGUGACACGCGAGGAGUUUACUGAACUUUGGAAAGAAUAUUUCUCCUCCGACGAUCCGUCAGCGCCCGGUAACUUUAUAUUUGGAAAAAAUUCGUUUAAUUAAACCAAAACACCUAAUCAGCGCAAUAAAUACACCCUAUCCUGUAUCCACGUAUAACGAAGCUCCUAUGCAUUCAUUGAACGUCGUGUAAUAAACGAAUUAUCCUAUCACUAGUCCUAGCCAAGUCAUAUCUUCGAUAUUGUAAUGAUAUCAAUAAAAUAAUAGUAGUAAGAACAUAAUAAUGAUAACGAUAAUGGUAAAUCGAGCGUACGUGUAAUAAAACAUAUUUAUUAUACGACAAAAUUAAUGCGAAGAUCGUCGAGUCAUUGAAACGAAGUCUGUAUUAUUAUUAACUAACACUACAACGAUGGCUGUCAAUCAAUACUAUCAAUACACCGGCGAAGUUACCCGACGAUUAGCUUAUGAAUGGUAUAUAUGUCAAAAAUUUAUCGAUCAUUAUAAUUCUUCAAAUGUUGUCGUAGUUUUCACGGAGAAUUCGCGGUUUAAGCUGCGGUUUCUUGUUCGGUUAAUUUCUUUCUCAUGAUAUCUAGAGCUGAGCAGGACGAUGGAUGCAGACUAUGAUUCAGAAUAUAUAUAUAGAUAUAUCGACCCUUCGCAUUUUGAAACUAUGAGAUAAAUUUUAUGAUUAGUAUUCUAUGGUAUAUAUAAUAUGCAGCAAAAGAAAAAAUGAAAAAAAAAAACAACAACAACAACAAAAGAAGAAAAGAGCAAUUUAGUAUACAUAUAUGUGUAUAUAAAUAUACGAUAAAGAUUAUUAUGGUGUAAGUGAUUGAAUAAAUGUAAUGAAUAAUAACGAUAUCUAAUUAUCAUUUAUAGUAUAGCGUUUCGCCUCUUUGCCGUUUAGUGAGUUCAGUUUGAGAUUGUAAUAACAUAUCAGGUUGAGGAAAUGAAAUCAAUUCAAUAAUUGGGGAAAAAUGCAUAAAAAUGGAAGUAAGAAAUUUAUUUUUAACGAUCACUUCAGUCUUCGGGGAAAAACCGCAGGAGCUUGCAGCUUGCAGCAGUUCAACUAAAAUCGUACCUAUAAUUCUCUACUGAUUAUAUUGUUGUGUCUUUACGGUAGCACGUAUAUGUAAUUAUGCGUUUAAAAAAAAAAAAACGUUGUAUACUUGGGUUCGUAAAUAAUAGGACCAUGCAUCAUCACAGUCGCCUGCAGUUGUGUUAAAUGAAUUUCCGAUUCACAUAUAAAUAUCCAUGCUCGCAAGGGUGAUUUGAGUAUAAUUAAUCAUUAAUCACAUGAAAGUAUGAUAAUAAAUUUUUUAUAAAUCGAAAAAUAUAUACCGCGAUCAUUAUAUCGCGCUGAUUAUAAUCCUGAGCGUUACAAA